AUGACACGACAGUCGGUUUGGAUCCGAAACAUCCAGUUGAGUGUAUUGGGUAUUGUGAUUGGGUUAAUAACAAUGGAGCUAAAAGAUGGUGCUAAACUGACAGAGAAGGGAUUUUUCUUUGGUUAUACAUGGUUUGUGUGGUUAGUUAUAUUUUUACAGAGUUUUGGAGGUCUGAUUGUAGCAGUAGUAGUAAAAUAUGCUGAUAAUAUAUUAAAAGGAUUUGCUACAUCAGCCUCUAUUGUAUUGUCAUGUAUUGUUUCUGUGUAUUUCUUUGAUUUUCAUCUAUCAAUACAAUUUGUCAUUGGGGCAUCUCUUGUCAUGGUCGCUGUGUACAUGUAUAGUAAAUAUGUUCCUAAACCUAAACCAUUGGUGUAA